AUGCCAUCAUUAGUGAAUUUAUUAACAAUUAAUAGUGAUGUUUUAAUUAUACCAAAGAAUGCUCAACAUGGUUUUGUUUUACUUGAAGAAACAAAACCAAGUCGAUUUAAUGAAUUUAAUCAAUGUUUAAAACAAAAUUCUGAAUUAAAUAUUGAUAUCGAUAAAAAAUAUGGUGAUUUAAUAUUAAAUAAAACAAUAGAAAACUAUAAUUUCAAGCAACAACUACUAUGUAUAAUCAAUCGAAAUCAAUAA